AUGAUUACACCUCAUCGCAGCGCAGCAAAGGCCGCUUCCGCUUCAAAAGCUCCUCCACAAAACACUCUUCCUCUACCACCCACAAAAGAGAUCGCAGUCGAGAUCGCAGUCAAGAAACAGAUCGAGACCGAGCUCAUCGAUCCUCCCACCGCUCCUCCCGCCACAAACACCGUGACCGAACACACACCCGCCAUCGCACGCGCUCCCCAUCCCCACUCAACCCCUCAAACUACACCCCCCCUAGACGGCGAAGCCGCCUUCCGCGAAUCCCUCUUCGACGCCCUAGGCGACGACGAAGGCGCCGCAUACUGGGAAUCCGGACCCGAUGGCGAACUAGAGCGCAUGGACGAGGAGGAAUAUGCGACUUAUGUGCGUGCGCAGAUGUGGACGCGGACGAGGGAGGGUAUGAUGGCUGAACAGGAUCGAUUACGUGCUGAGAGGCGACAGGCGAAGAUUCUCUUAGGCGUGGUCAGGAGAGGAGGAAAGGGAAGGCUUGGAAGGGGGCUUGGGGGUUGUAUUUGGAGGGUUGGGAGGGGGGUUCAGAAGGCUGUGUUUCGGUGUCAGGAUUCAUCUACUGCUACUGCUGAUGGUGGUGGUGAGGAGGGAAAGAGUGGUGGGUCGACUGCUGCUACGCCGUUGCGGAAUUUGCUGUUCUGGCCUGUUGAGUCUGGGAAACGGUGUGAUGUGACGCCCGCUGCUGUGGAGGAGUUUCUGAAACAUGCGCCGGAGGGGGAUCUACUGUCUACGCUUAAGGUGGAGCGUGUGCGGUGGCAUCCUGAUAAGAUCCAGCAUCGGUACGGGGUGCUCGGGGUUGAUGAGAAGGUUAUGCGCAGUGUGACUGAGGUCUUUCAGAUUGUUGAUCGAAUGUGGAAUGAGGAGCGGGAGCGGGUUGGGAAGAGUUGA